ACAAAUAUCAACGAAAACUAAUUUCGCACCUAGCACAUAUUGGGCUGCAUGGCGCUACCAUGGAAGCAGCAAAUCAGACGCGAGCUGAGGCGAAGGGACGUUCUGCAGCUGGGGAACUACGGAAGCUUGGUGGAAUCAUAUGUUCGGUUACUGGAACAAGAAGAAGACCGAAGUAAGUGGAAUAAAGAGACAGAGGAUCAUGUGGAUGAGCCUCUCACCCCUAACAGCUAUAUCAUGAUUCAAGCAACCUCUGACUGUAACCAGUGCCAUGACCUAAAGCACUUAAAAGAACAAAAUGACUUGUUACUGAAACAACUCACUUGGAUGGAGAGGGAAAGGGAACAUCUCCUUACCUCAAUGAUAGAAGAAAAGCAGAAAGAAGCAGAAAGAGUGAAUCAGAAUAAUGAAAUUGAGGAGAGGUAUCGACAGCUGAGAGAAAUACUGUAUCGAAAAAGAGAACGCCCUACACAGAGUCGUCUUGUAUCUAUCAGCUCCCAUUCUAAUCUCAAUAAAACUAGCCCAUUAAAUAAGCUUACAAAGUAAAUUAUUACUACAUUACUCAUCUCUCCACUAGUGAUGUUUUUUUAUACAUACACAUUUUGUUGGUGUUGAAAUUAGUACAAAUACUCUAAAUUUAAAGGGGACUCAUCACCCAAAAAAAAUUAUUCAAAAUCCUAUUUUAUCACAUUAGUCAACACUAACAGUAACAAUAAAUUAUUUGAAUCUUGUUUCCUUCAGUCUGUGAUUUCAUAAUUAUAGCAAGCAGGCAGGAGCCAAUUUGUGGACACUGUUAUUAAGACAAGCCUUGCAACAUCUCAGAAUCUUGUUUGUGAACUAGAAUGGGGACCUGGUGUGCAUCUCCAUGCCCUGGUUACACAAUUAAACAGUGAAGAGAACAGGGGAAUGUGGGGUGAGCAGUGACAUCUAGGAAGUGCUGAAUGGAAAGUGAAAGCAAUUGUCAGCAUAGAGGUGGGGCAGACAAUAUUUGGUUGACAGCUGAGAUUUUGAAAUGAGCUUACAACAGCUAUGUGUAAUAAAGAAUAAAGCUAUGUUCUAAUAAAGAAUAGAAAUUGGAUUUCAUGUUUAAUUUGAAAAGGACUUUUAUUAUAAAGAUUUUUGUGUCUGGAUGACAGGUCCACUUUAAGCACAAAUCUGCAUCCCCCCCACCUACACACAUGCAUCUUUCACAUCCUAUAUUAGCUUGAGCAUAUAACAUCUUCUGAUGAUAUCAGGGGGUGUAGCGAUUACAAAAGACUACGGACAAAUUUAUCACCAUAUGCAAUUUUCAUCUUUUCUUGAUUUUGCUGUAAUUUCACUACAAAAGUGGCUUAAUGUUAAGAAUUGUUUUCAGGACUACUGUACUGAAUUGUUAAAUGUAAUCUGAUGUAAUAUGUCAGUAUUGUUAAAAUAUUAAAUGUUUUCACUUGCUGGUUAA